AUGACCGCACCGAUUCGGGAUGUCAAAUCCAAGCGGUACCACCUGCAACAAACUCAUGGGGACUCCUUUGUGGGCAGCUUCGAGGCUUCUCCGUCUUCAAUCCUUUGGGGCGAGCUCUUUCCAGAGAAGGAGCGGAACUUCUUGCGUCAAGUUCUUGAAGAAGGAAACAUGUCCUUCGGAGUAAGGGAUACUUUCCAGAUGGAGUACCGGAUUGCUUGGGAGCCCAUCGCAAAGCAGCAGAUGCAAGCUCGGGGCGAGACCAUCGAUGGCAAGCUGGUGAUCCUUCUUCAUGGGUACAGCGGCCGCAUUACAAGUUCCUGGGGCUGGUCCAAGCUGGUGAAACCUUUAUGGAAACAGGGCUUCACAGUGUGCCUCUUGGACAUGCCUGGCUUCGGAAGGAGUAGCAUCAACAUGCGAUGGAAUGCGCCCUUGUCCAGCUGGCAACAUCUCGACUCUCUCGUGCUGUCGAAGUUCAUUGAAGCAAUGCGGUUCCGCAAGCCAACCAGUUUGGUCUCCUACCGCGAGUCUUGCCAAACGGCACUGCGGGUCUGCCGGGAUUCACCGCACCUGGUCUCACACCAGCACGCUCUGAUUGAUCCCAUCUUCACCCUGGACGACAUUUUCCCACUGGAGGCACCAUACGGAGCCUUGAGCAAGGAAUGGAUCGCGGAGAAACCAGGCAAGCAGGCUGUGGAGUUUGACAAGUUCUUGGGGAGAAGCAAGACAUUCCUGUGGACCAUCUUCACUGGCAAGUCAGAUACGGACCCUGGUCGUGAGGCCUUGCAGGCAGUGAUGCGUCUCAGGCAGCACCUGUCCAUGCGGAUCUGCAUAUCCCAUGUCACAAAGGAGUUCAUCUCUGAAGCUCGAGCAGGAACCAACGGAGCUAGUUCUAACGCCCACGUGCUGUUCUUCUGCAAGUACAUAAAGGACAGGCUAUCCGCAUUCCUUGCAGGUGUGGAGAAGGCGCCGAAAGAGAUCCCGCCAUGGGCAUUGGAGGUGACCUCUACCACGGCGUCAAGCUCCAUCGGCUCCAAGUCUCUUCCAAGUGUGGACUCUCCAGCGGGCAAGGCCAGAGCCUUCAACGCAUUGGAGACAGUGCAAGAAGUGGCGGAGGUGCUCUCAAGAUGUACCACGGCAAAGCAGGAAUCGCGGCCACAAUCACCUACCAAGGAGGCAGGCGAUUUUGUGGGUGAGCUGCACAUGGACAAGCUGGAGAAGCGUUCUCUUGCUGUUCCACUGCCAACAUUGCCCAUGCAGCCAAAGGGAAGCCAGUUUGCAAGCUCCAAAGGCUUUAGGGAGACUGUCAACCUGCGCGAGACAUUGAGGACAGAUGCAGGCAGCUCGAAGGGGUUUCGAGAUCGAGCAGCGGCGCACGUCCUCAUGAAACACAAGCAUCGCUCUGCAGCUUCCUUGGGAAUGAGCCGAUACGGAACUACCUUCCUUGCCCAGACUCGAUCAGAGCCGAAGCUUCAGGACUAUGGCAGCGUGGGCCCAAAGGGGCCUGAGCAAGUGUCGAUGACAGGGCGCAGAGAAGCCUCGGAAGCAGGCCUGCCCAAAAUCGGUCGUGCACACAAGGCCCCUCGACGAACUGCAGGAGGGCUGGUGGUCUGCCGAGCAGAGCUUCCACCGCCUCCUUUCAAGACGGAGGCCGUGAAAUGCAGCAUUACCAGAUGUGCCUCCAAAGCAACUGAACAACGACUCGAGGAUCCCCAACCGAUUCGACAUCGGCUCAUUUGCCCGGCCAGAAAAGCGAAGGAAGCUGUUGAGGCUUUGGGCUACAGCUACUCACCUCGCACGGCCCAGGCAAAACCAUCAGUCAACGAGGUCUUAGAGGAGCUGAAGGGGAAAAUCCCAAAUUUUUAG